AUGAGCUCAUCAUCCCUUUUCAUACCCUACCAACUCUACAACUUUUUAAGAAUAGCACCCCCACACACACACUCCCACCCGCUGCAAGGGUCUCCAAUCUUGGCCAGGAGGCGGCCACGCAGCCCCCUCACCACGUGUCGAAGGAAGCCGCCGGGGGUUUCCCCGCCCCGCGCGGCCACCGCCCCCAGUGGGCGGAGAGCCCCGCAGCCUCCCCGCCCCCCUGCCUCGGGCCUGGUCCCUCAGCGGCCCCUCCCUCCCUCCCGUCGGAAUUCGCAGCCUUCCCGGUUCUUUCCAUCCCCCAGCGGCCUCCCUCGGGGUAUUACUUUGGGGGGGAAAGACAGAGGCGUCGAGGUGGCGGGCUCCACACUGGCCCGGCCCGCAUUCCCAGCGCCUCCCGCUCCUUGCCGCGCGGCAGCCGACUCCUCUAAAAUACCCGGGCGUCGCCGCGGCCUCGCUCCCGUCCGCGCGCAGAAGCCGGUGGGGCCCCGAGAAACCUUAGGCACGACUUCUUCCCUACUCAAUAUUGAUAUAAAGCUAACAAAGAUUGUGAUGGCAUGGAUAAUGGCACUUCAGGAAGAACCCACUAUACAUGAACAAGGGAUUGGACACAGGCUUCUUCUCUCUCCCCUCUUAUCACAUUGCCUGCCAUUCACAAUUCACAAAGGUGUUAGUGAAUCAGCAGGUGGGUUAGAUCAUCCUUCUCCUUUACUACCCUGGACCAGCAGGCUCCUGAGCACUGCUGUACAUAUGGCUGAGCACCUGUGGAAACAAGAUUUACAUCCACCUCCAAGCACUGUGUCCUUUGAAAAUUUCCAAUGAUUUACAUUUCAUUUCUGUACUUACCACAAAUACUUAGCUUUCUAAUUUUUAUUCCCUGAAUAAAAUUUUUGGCUUAAA